AUGGAUAUGAGGAAACAGGACAAGCUUUGGAAAGUUCGUCCUCUAUUAGAUAGAAUUCUCCAAGGCUGCAAAGCACAAGGGAGGCAGCAGAAAAUUUCUAUAGAUGAAAUGAUCAUUCCAUUUACUGGGGCCUGUCCAAUACGACAGUAUUGCCCUGGCAAGCCCCAUCCGACUGGUAUGAAAGCUUUUGUUUUGGCCAAUCCAAAUGGUCUUGUUUGCGAUUUAACUAUUUACCAAGGAAAAGAGACUUUUGCAUAUGAUAACCAAUUUCAUUUAGGUGAAAACGUUGUACUUAAACUUACUGAAUCUUUAGUGCCUGGUCAUUUGAUUUAUUUUGAUAGAUAUUUUACUACGGUUAGAUUGGCAGACGAACUUGCUAAAAGAGGCUUAAAAUGUACUGGAACUAUAAUGAAAAAUCGCGUGCCAAAAGAAGUAAUCAAUAAAAUAGACGAUGAUAAAACUUUAAUGAGGAAAGGAAGAGGGAGUUGUGACGUACUAGUCCGAAAUGAUGGGGAGGUGGCAUUCACUAAAUGGAUGGACAAUAAAUCUGUGUUACUGCUGUCCACUAUUCAUGCUGCUGAAAAUUUUGAUGACUGUAGAAGAUACAACAGAUCAACAAGACAAUACUUAUUUGUUUCACGUCCCGAAGUUAUAAAAGAGUAUAAUAGCAAUAUGGGCGGAGUAGAUUUAACCGACAGAUUAAUAGCAGUAUGCCCAAGUAGAGCACGAACUCGUAAAUGGACCGUAAGGUUCAUAUCCCAUUGCUUGGACUUAUCUAUCACGAAUUCAUGGAUUAAAUUUAAACAAGAACAGAUAGAAAAAGGUAUCCGUAGACAUAAAAUAGUACAACUUAGAGAGUUCAAAAGACUGAUAGCAGAAAGACUAAUAGAAGAGAAUCUCUACAGAGAGGAUGAUUUGCUGGAUGAUAGUGGUGAACCGGAGGAAAGAAGAAACGUAAAAAAGAGGCGUCCGCCAAUAGUGCCUUUGCCUUCUAAAUUGAGACGAAAGCAUGGCACUGAUCAUUUACCAGAAAUGUUAACAACUCAGAGUCGUUGUAGAAAUGAAGGAUGUUCUAAAAAAACAUCAGUAAAAUGUUUAGGAUGUAAUCUGUCGCUUUGCUUAACAGCAAAACGAAAUUGCUUUAAGCUAUUUCAUAAUUCUGAUUAA